AUGUAUACUCUGCAGAUGACUCCGGGCUGACCACCAUCCAGCGUGCACAUUUUCGUCCGAAAAUGUUAGGGACGUACAAGACCGUGGAUUCCGCCCACACCCAAAACCGGUAAAGCAAACAAAACUGUCAAACUGAAACAACAUGGCGCCUACGCCGACGAAAAAACCGGGUAUCUCCAGCUUUCCCGAGGUGCCUGUUGAGCCUAUUCAAGCAACCGCCAUAGUAAUCAUUCAUCCUGGAUCUAUGACCCUAAGAAUCGGGCGAGCCUCGGACUCAUAUCCCCAUUCUAUUCCUCACGUUAUUGCACGGCCAUGCACAAACCUGACCGUGCUACCUCAUGUUGAUCCCAUCCUUGUACCUCAAGUUGAAACGGAACCUGAAACGAUCGCUACCAUAGAAGAAGGUUGUGAAGUUGUCGGGAAUCUUUUAGCAUCGUGCCUUACGUCAGAAGGAAGAGUACGGUAUACCUUUCCAACAGACAAGAUUCAUCUAUACAAUCAACAUGCAAAACCAAAUGUGUUGGCUGGAAGCUGUGACCUCCACUGGACAAAACGAAGUCAUCCGCAUGAUUAUAUCGUUGGAGAAGAGGUGCUGCACCUGAACCCUUCAGACCGGUACCACGUUCAUUGGCCAAUUAGACGUGGCCAUUUAAACCUGCAUCCCGGAGUGGGAGGUUCAUUAACUGCAGUGAUGGCUGACUUAGAAGCUAUCUGGGGAACAGCUAUUCAACAGUACCUGGACAUUCCUUUAAAAGAUCUCAAGCAUUACAGGGCCCUGCUAAUUAUCCCUGACGUCUACACCCGCGAACAUGUUAGGGAGAUGAUUAAGGUCAUCCUCUUUCAGCUGGGGUUUGCUGCCUGCUUUGUGCACCUGGAGUCUGUUUGUGCCACAUUUGGAGCUGGUCUAAGCUAUGCUUGUGUUGUUGAUGUGGGAGAUCAGAAGACAAGCGUUUGCUGUGUGGAAGAUGGCAUAUCCUGUCGGGCAACCAGGCUAGUCAUGGAAUACGGUGGUGCUGAUAUCACUCACCUUUUCCACUACCUGCUUCUGAAGAAUGGGUUCCCAUAUACAGAAUGUAAUUAUGAGAACUUCCCGGAUGCAAUGCUACUUCAAGAACUCAAAGAAAGCAUGUGCCAUGUGAAUCUUGAUAUCUGUGGAGCUCGAGAACGUUCUUUUCAAGUGAAGCAUCCAUCAAAACCUCUCAUAGAAUACAAAAUCAAGGUUGGAGACGAAUGCUUAAUAGCGCCACUGGCAUUGUUUCGUCCUGAUAUAUUGGGCUUGACGGGACCGAAACAAGUUCGUGUCCAGCACAGGAAUCCUGGCGACCCUGAAGAUCCUCAUGAUGAAAACUAUCUGAUUCAAACGCAGAGGCGAGGAGCCAGAGAAGUUGUCGACGGUUCCCAAGCAUCCGACGCAGCAUCUCAACUAGACGACAGCCAGAUGGGACAGGCUGGCCUGGACGACGACGAUGUCGUGGCUCCUGAAGCAGCAUCUGUAGCUUCUUCUGCAACUAUGCGAGAUAACGAUGGAGAAUUUCAGUGUGAUCAGUUGCUUGGGAUCGACCAGGCCAUCAUACAGUGUGUUGACCGUUGUGACUCUGACGAUCUGAAGAGGAAGAUGUUCAGCUGCAUCCUUGUUGUUGGUGGAGGCUCCAUGUUCCCUGGUAUUCACACUUGGCUUCAAAAUAGGCUCUCUGUGCAGAUCCCCAUUAUGUACAGAGCAGAGCAAAUCGACAUCAUCACAAGGCCAAAGGCUGUUUACAGCUCUGACCGCUGACGCAGAGGAGAUUCGAAGAACCGCGUAAUAAAAAAGAGGAAUCGUGUACGGGCCUUCAGGAAACAGGAAAAAAAUGUGGAAAACGAGGAUUUUGCUACGAACAAGCGGGCCCCCAAUUAGACUACCCACUACAGCACGGCGUCGAAAUGUGAUCUUACUGUACAUACAACAACAACAGAUAAAUUAUAAUUAUGACUACAGUCGCCGUCCGAUUUUUCGGACUCGGCGGGGAUCGCGCCAAAGUCCGAAAAACGAAUUUCGCUUCAAAAUAAACUUUACUAAGUACUACCAGGCUGGAAAAAUUUGUCGAUGCUUUCCUAACGCGCUUCCAGCUCUGCCUGAUAACAUCAGCUUCUAUUUCGCGAAGCGACAUUUCGUCACUCUACACUGACAGAAGCACCGCUGUCAUCAAGUCCACAAGUCGGCUUCACCUAACGCAUGCGUGCUUUAACUGAAGCUCGCUUUACAGCGCUGUCGCGCGACUCUCGGGCGGACAGCGCGUCCUUUUGAAUCAAGCCGUUGGCCAAAAACGAAGACGCGAAAGCGGACCUCUUCUACUCAGAGGGAUGGGAAAUGAACAAUCAUUGCCUAUUUUUUUGCCUCAAUAUUUUCCUUCACCCCAAGAGAGAAAUUUGCUGAUUGGGCAAACAGAGUCCGAAAUAUCGAGCGAUUGGGGCUGCACGGCGUCCGAAAUUUUGGACGUUCUUAUACAUUAACUCUAUGGGACCCGCGGCCGUUCCGCGAACGAGUCCGAAUAAUCGAGCAUGUCUGAAAAAUCGGUCGGCGACUGUAUUAUCAUUGUAACAGGGUCUGCAUAUGCAUAUGUCGCUUUGUACUGUAAAUAGCUUUUACUACGUGUCCAGACUCGAGAACUGACAGUUGUCUGUUUCCUUCGGUCAAAACUCAGUGCAGUUUGAGUUCUCUCUCAUCAACGAAGGGGACAUUUUAUGAUUCCGCGGCACGGCAACACGGUUCCUACGCAAAGGCGUCGCCCGCCAAAUAACUGUUGUCAUCAACGACAGUUUUUAUUUCGCUAGCGCAGUGGUUCCCUGCAUUGUGGAGUGCUGGAGAUGGCAAUGUACACCAACGAACAAAAUUUAAUUUUUUCUGUUCAAUCCCAGUGCAGAAAAGUCAGAAAACUCGUUCACGCAGUCUGAUAAGUGUUGUUGGGGACGGACUUAUCCGCUCCCAUCCCUCGUCCCAUGUGAUUGCAUGGCGGGGAUGGGGACUCCUCCGUCCACGUGACGUUGCUGCCUGCCUCGCACUUAUCCCGGGGAUGCGGCUCUCGUGUGAACCCACCCUAAUUCACACUUUCCGUUCCCUCGUAAAAUGUUCCUGCUGCAGCACAUCCUAAUCAGCAGCUGCUCUG